GACGUGCUAGACGUAGCAUACUUUUAGUCUUCACGUAACGUGCCGAGUCAGUCAUUGUUUUGUUUUUAUAUUGAAUUCUAAGUAAUGCCUCCUAAAAAGCCAACAGCAAACUCUGCUGAUCCGCCUGCGCCGUCCGUACCUGUGGAAGAGAAAAAUUCAGAAGCUGCGACGCUGCGCAAACCUGCUGCUCAUCCCUCCACAACGACUAUGGUGAAAGAAGCACUUAAAGAGUUGGACUCGCGCAAAGGGCUUUCAUCCCAAGCUAUACAGAAUUAUAUUAAACAAAAAUACCCCUCAGUGGAUAUAUUAAAGUUGAAGCACUUGGUCCGCAGAGCCCUGAAAAAAGGAAUCGAGACUGGCACCUUGGUGCGGCCUGCCAACUCUAAUGUCACUACAGGCGCAACGGGAAAAUUUCGGCUUGCACCAGAAGUCAAGGAGGCAAAGCCAAAAACAGAGAAUGUGGAUCCCAAUGUGCAGAAGGUGCCCAAAUCAGCAAAGGAUGAAACUAAGAAGCCCAAAAAAGCAGGUGCAGCCAAGAAGAAAGACCCUGCCAGUGAAGAGGCCACGUCACAGGAGGAAUCAAAGCCUCCCAAAAGGUCCAAGAAGGAAAAAGAGGCUACUACCUCAAAGGCUGCUCCUGAGGUUACUACCUCAAAGGUUGCUCCAGCAAAGAAGCCAAAAGCUAAAAAAGCUGCAGAGGAGAAGGAGGAUGUCGAGGGAGUCUCUGACUCAGCCAAAACUAAAGCGACAAAGACCACCAAAGUGACAAAGGCAGGAAAGCCGUCUCUGAGCAAGGCAGCUAAAGCGGGCAGCGACGCCAAAGCAACUGGGAAACGAGGAAAGAAGACUCCAGAGUAAACUUAUAAUUGAUGUUUUAUACUGUGUUGUUUUGCAAUAAAAUCUUACGUUUUGGAUCUUGUGUGGUAAAUUCUCAGGCUUUAGAGCAUGAUCGUGUGUCAUUGUGCUUGUCGGGAUAUACUGGAGCUUCAAGUAGGCUUGGCGGAAUUUAAUUUAAAAAAUGUAAUACUAAUAUAGCCACUAAUGUUGGGCUUUAAAACUGCAACACAAUCU